GUCGGCAAUGUACCGUACAACAUGGCCGAGGAGCAGCUUAUAGAUGCCUUCAAGUCAGUUGGCCAGGUUGUGGGAUUCAGAUUAGUGUAUGAUAGAGACACUGGAAAGCCGAAGGGAUACGGAUUCUGUGAAUUUGCCGACCACGAAACCGCACUGUCUGCGGUCCGCAACCUCAACGGGCAAGAGAUUGGUGGGAGGCCUCUGCGGAUCGACCUAGCAGAUUCAGACCCUUUUCUUGAAGGCAAAACUACAGUUCGUGGUGAGAUUGUGGAUGGUGGCGAGACGAGAGCGCAGUGGCACCCAAAUGCUUUCCUGCACCAAUUGCCUCAGGGUGUGCCCCUUCCACCAGGAACGAAUGCGAUGGACCACAUUAGCAAUGUGCUCGCCACGACACAACCCAGUCAGAUUCUGGAAGUACUCGCUCAGAUGAAGGCGUUCAUUAUUACGCAUCCUGAACAAGCCCGUGCUCUGCUCAUGGCACAUCCGCAAUUGGGCUAUGCUCUUUUCCAAGCCCUACUUCUGAACAAAAUUGUCGACACGGCCGUUCUGGAUCGCAUGCUUGCGGCCACUGGCGGCCAAACAGCUGCGCCCCCGCACAUGCCUCCGCCCGCUGCCGGAGCAUAUGGCUAUCGUCCUCCGCCGCCUCCUACACCAGUGCAGGCUCCCGCGCAACCGGCUCCUGCGCCUGUUGCGCCUGUUGCCGCUGCUACACAGGCGUUUGACCCUGCUUCUAGGGACAUGCUGAUGCAGGUCCUUAGCCUGACUCAGGUACAAAUUGAUUCGCUACCCCCAACUGAGCGCGAGCAAAUCUACCAGCUGGUAGAUCAUUCCGAUCGUCGGCGCAUAUAUACAACUAACAUGCGAGAUUUACAGCGAAAACAAUUUGGCGUGCCAGCUCCCGGAGCAUAA